GUGGUAGAUGUGGGGGUGGGGGGCCGCAGUGGAGACUCUCCCUGAUACCCCCCGGAGCAUGCUGGGAUGUCUUCUAGAGACAGUGGGCACGCUCCCUGAUGCCCGCCCCUCUCCCAGGGCAUGCUGGGAUGUCUUCUAGAGACAUCAAAGCCUUCCAGAGAACCUGGGGACUGUCAUCCUGCUGGUGUGGGGACGGUGGCCACUGAGAGGCUCAGCCAAGGCCUGGGGUCUGGUUCCAGGCAGGCGAGGCCCUGGCCUGCACCCUGGGCGCCAGGGGCAGCCAGGGCAUGGCGUUUGAGGAGCUGUUGGAGCGUGCUGGUGGCAUGGGCCUCUUCCAGGUGCUCCAGUUGGCCAUACUGUUCCUCCCAUCCCUCUUCACCCCUCCGAACCUGCUGCUGGAGAACUUCUCGGCCGUCAGCCCCAGCCACCGCUGCUGGACCUCCGUGCUAGACAAUAGCUCCCAGAUCCCCGCCAAUCUCACCCCGGAGGCCCUCCUGGCCGUGUCCAUCCCCCUCGGUCCUGACCAGCAGCCCCAUCGCUGCCGCCGCUUCCGACACCCCCAGUGGCAGCUCCUGGACCCCAACAACACGGCCACCAACGGGAGCGAGGCUGGCACAGAGCCAUGCAUGGACGGCUGGGUCUACGAUUACAGCACCUUCACCUCCACCAUCGUGACCACGUGGGACCUGGUGUGCAGUGACCAAGGCCUGAAGCCCCUGGGACAGUCCGUCCACAUGAUGGGGUUACUGACGGGGACCUUCGUCUGGGGUAUCCUGUCUUCCCGGUUAGGGCGUAAGCCAAUGCUGACCUGGUGCUGGCUACAAACUGGUGUGGCUGGCACCAGCACUGUCUUUGCCCCGAAUUUCCCCAUCUACUGUGGCCUCCGGUUCCUGAGUGCCUUCGGGCUGAGCGGCAGCAUCCUGAUCACAACCACGCUGAUAGCCGAGUGGACCAUAACCCGCUGGAGAGCUGCUGCCAUGACAAUUCAGUGCUGCACCUACAGCAUGGGCCAGAUGGGCCUGGCCGGCCUGGCGUUCGCCCUGCGGGACUGGAGAGCCCUCCAGCUGGCUGUGUCGGUGCCCUUCCUGCUCAUCUCCCUGAUCUCAUGGUGGCUGCCAGAGUCCGCCCGAUGGCUGCUCAUCAAAGGCAAACCAGACCAAGCCCUUGGGGAACUUCAAAAAGUGGCCAGGAUCAACGGCUGCAAGGAAGCCCAGAAGACCCUGACCAUAGAGGUGCUCAAGUCCACCAUGGAGAAGGAAAUGACCUCUGGGGAGGCUCAGCGGACGCUGCUGGACCUGUUCCAGGUGCCCAUACUGGUCAGGAGGAUAUGGGUCAUGUCCAUGGUGAGCGUCUGCAUACAGCUGUCCUACUACGGGCUGGUCCUGGACCUGCAGAGCCUGGGCCGGGACCUCUUCCUCCUGCAGGCCCUCUUCGGAGCCAUAGAUAUCGUGGGCCGGGUCACCUCUAUCCCCAUGCUCAGCCUCCUGGGCCGCCGCAUGACUGUGGCCAGCUUCCAGGCCCUGGCCGGGGUGUGCAUCCUGGCCAACGUGCUCGUGCCCCAAGAUCUGCAGGCCCUGCGCGUGGCGCUGGCUGUGCUGGGGAAAGGCUGCUUUGCGAUCACCCUGACCAGCAUCACUGUCUAUGGGACAGAGCUCUUCCCGACCUCGCUGCGCAUGACAGCAAGUGGCUUCCAGCAGUCUCUAGGCCGUGUGGGAGCUAUAGCUGGGCCUCUGCUCAGGAUGGCCCACCAGACCCUGCCUCUGCUGCCACCGCUCUCCUACGGUACUGUCCCCAUUGUCUCCGGCCUGGUCAUGCGGCUCUGCCUCCCUGACACCCAGGGACAGCCACUCCCCGACACCGUACAGAACCUGGAGAGCCAGCCUGAUCACUACAUGCGCUUCCACAGAGCGAGAAAUGGGGCUGGGAAUCAUCUCACAGGCAGCAGCUGGCGCGUCAUCCACGCAGAACUACCGGACAAGCGAGCGAGGCAAGCCUGUGGGGAGAGGAGGAGGCCCCGAAGGAGCCUGAGGAAGCCCCCGGAGGACGCGGGAAGCAGGGAAGAAAGUGUCUCAGGAGGAGACGAUCGGAGGCUGCGGGGGCAAAAGGGGAUGCAGACGGGAGAUGCCACGGGCCCCAGCGACGGGUCAAGACUUGACCAGAAUGGAUCAGAGAAAGAACAGGAAGAGGGACUGAGGAUGAGGGUCAAUUCUAUGCUCAAAAGGGGGUGCUCACCGCGCCUCCACGUACGCGCCAUGGCUUUUCCUGACCUCCUGGACAAAGUAGGGGACCUGGGCAAGUUCCAGCUGCUACAGAAUGUGGCCCUACUGGUCCCCAUCAUUUUGCUCACCAGUCAGAACAUGAUAGAGAACUUCUCGGCCGCCGUGCCCAGACACCGCUGCUGGGUGCCCCUCCUGGACAACGGCACUGCCCAGGCCAGCCUCCCCGGGGCCCCGGGCCCCGAGGCCCUCCUGGCCGUGUCCAUCCCCCUUGGCCCUGACCAGCAGCCCCAUCGCUGCCGCCGCUUCCAACACCCCCAGUGGCAGCUCCUGGACCCCAACAACACGGCCACCAACGGGAGCGAGGCUGCCACGGAGCCAUGUUUGGACGGCUGGGUCUACGAUUACAGCACCUUCACCUCCACCAUCGUGACCACGUGGGACCUGGUGUGCGACUCUCAGGCCAUGAAGCCCAUGGCCCAGUCUAUCUUCUUGUCUGGGAUUAUGGCUGGAGCUGCAGUGUGCGGCCACAUCUCCGAUCGGUUCGGGCGCAGGAAGGUGCUGACGUGGAACUACCUUCAGGUGGCCGUGUCAGGCACGGUGGCCGCCUUUGUCCCCACCUUCUCCCUCUACUGCCUCUUCCGGUUCCUGGUGGCCUUUGGCCUGGCAGGCAUUAUGAUGAACACAACCACUCUGCUGAUGGAGUGGACGUCCGCGAAAUCCCGAACAGUCACGAUGAUCUUCAACUUCAUGGGCUUCAGCUUUGGCCAGAUGCUGACGGGCGCCGUGGCUUACGGGGUGCGCAGGUGGCCACUGCUACAGAUGGCGAUCUCUGUCCCCUUCUUCAUCUGCUUCCUCUACUCAUGGUGGCUGCCGGAAUCGGCACGGUGGCUCAUCAUCACAGGCAAGCUGGAUAGGGGCCUGCGGGAACUGCAGAGGGUAGCCAUUAUCAAUGGAAAAAAGACUGUGCAGGACACACUGACGAUGGAGGCCUUGCUGUCAGCCAUGCGGGAGGAGCUGAGUGGGGACCAGGCUACCAUCAAGCUGAGCACCCUGCUCUCCACACCUGUACUGCGUCUCCGGAUCUGUGUCUCCAUGCUUUGCUGGUUUGCCUUUGGCUUCUGCUUCUACGGUGUGGCCCUGGACCUGCAGUCCCUGGGCAGCAACAUGUUCCUGCUCCAAGGGCUCAUCGGGGCCAUGGACUUCCUGAGCAAGAUCUUCACCCUGCUCCUGAUGAACUAUCUGGGCCGCCGCUCCAUUCAGGCCAGCUCCCUGGUGCUGGCUGGGCUCUGCAUCCUGGCCAACACGCAGGUGCCUCAAGAGAUGGGGGCACUGCGCUCGGCUCUGGCUCUGCUGGGGCUGGGGUCUCUGGGGAGCACCUUCACCUGCAUCAGCAUCUUCAGUGGCGAGCUCUUCCCCACGGUGCUAAGGAUGAGAGCAGUGGGCCUCUGCCAGAUGGCGGCCCGAAUGGGGGCCUUCCUGGGGCCUCUGAUCCGGAUGCUGAGCACCCACAGCCCCUCCAUCCCCCUGUUCAUCUACGGGAGCGUGACAGUGCUGGGCGGUCUGGCCACCCUGCUGCUGCCGGAGACCAAGAACUUGCCGCUGCCUGACACCAUGCAGGACGUGCAGAAACAGGCUGUGAAGAAGCCGGCGCGCCCCACUCCGGCGGCACCCUCCGUGCUCAAGUCCACGCAGUUCUAGCCUUCUGCAAGCCCACAAAGGAUGAGAAGAGGGAAAGGAGGAGAAGGAAGAGGAGGAGGAGGAGGUAGCUUCUUUUCUCCCCUGAAGAUGGCAGAGGCUGUCUCUUUGGCAGCUCUGUCUAGCUCAGAAGGGACAAAGGACGGCGUGAUUGGCAAGAGGCUGCAGGCAGCGCGUCGCCCCGACUUGCCCCUGUGACUGCAGAGAGGGGAAAGGCCAAGGCCAGGGUACAUGCCCCCACUGCUGGGCGCCCCACCGGGCCACCUGGUGCACGCCGGCUCUCACCUCCCUGGCUGGGCAUGCGCUGUGGAGGCCUUUGGCUAUGUGACCCCUCCCACCCUUCAGGAAACCCCAGCCACAUGCUCAGCUGCAUCCUCUGCCCGCCACUGUCCCCCCUCCACCAUGCCUCUUGGUCUCCCAGACCCAGGACAGGGGCCCUACCUCCCUGGUGCAGAACCAGACUUCACCCUAGCCCACGGCGAAGGCCACACGCCUAUCUUGUCCACAGCAGUAGAGGGCCAGGUGGCCCCGUUGCUCCGUGACCCAGCUGGUACAGGGCGGGCCAGAGAGACAUCGGUGUGAACAAAGAGCCGAGAAUAAAUGAAUGAUGUCCCCUAUUGA